AUGCAGAGGAAACAGCAAAACCCAGAGUUCACGUUACCAGAAAUGAGCUCCGCUGCAGGAUUUGACACAAAAAGCAACUGUACCACCAUGUCAGAUAACGGGACCAUUAACGGGACCUACUCAGACAUUUAUUACUAUGAUUACAAUGAUACCUGCAAUCCGGAUUCAAGUUCGGAUUUCAUUGGAUCCAUGGUCUUAACAGUGCUUUGCUAUGUGCUGUUUUGUGUUGGCAUUCUAGGAAACAGCACAGUCCUGUGGGUCCUCUUGCGACAUGUUAAGCUCAGAACUAUGACUGAUGUAUGUCUUCUCAACCUGACUCUGUCUGACCUCUUGGUGGCUAUAUCACUGCCCCUCUGGGCCUACAGUUCCCAGAACCUCGGCUUAUGCAAAAUAAAAACAGGAGUUUAUCAGUUAGGCUUCUACAGUGGGACCUUGUUCGUGACGUUCAUGAGCGUGGACCGCUACCUGGCCAUCGUCCAUGCCGUGGCAGCCAUUCGAGCCCGGACACGUCGCUACGGCAUCACAGCCAGCAUCAUUAUUUGGGCGAUAUCUGUCACUAUGGCAACCCCUCGGGUAGUAUUUGCCUCCUUGGAGGCUGUUGAUAACGCCUCAGAGUGCCAGCCCAUCUAUCCAGAAGACACAAAGCAUUUCUGGAAGUUGCAGCGCAACUUCAGUGAGAACACAGUGGGCCUUUUUCUGUGCCUUCCCAUCAUGAUUUUCUGCUAUGUGAAAAUCCUCAUUGUGCUGUCAAAGUCCAGGAACUCUAAUAGGAACAAGGCUGUGAAGCUGAUUUUCAUCAUUGUGUGUGUGUUUAUGGUGUGCUGGGUUCCCUAUAAUGUUACAGUUUUUUUCGAAACACUGGAGGUGUUUGACAUAAACCUGGGACCCAACCCCUGUGUGAGUUCAAAAGCCCUCAACACUGCCAUGAGCAUUGCCGAGAUUAUCGCGCUGUCCCACUGCUGUGUAAAUCCAGUGAUCUACGCAUUUGUAGGAGAGAAGUUUAGGAAGUCAUUGAACAAGGUGAUGGCUAAAUACCUUGGCUGGAGUUACCAAAGCAGUGGUCCUUACAGCCACAGGGAUACCACAGACAAAGAAACCUCCAACACACCUGUAAGAUCAGAGUAUUAAAAAUGGGUCAUGUGCUUUGCUGAUGGGUGUAACUGUU